CGAAGAAGAGAACCUGAACACGAAAAUGGUGGAACACCUCUAAGUUACCAAGAAAGGGAAGCAGCCAGGAAAAGAGCAAGAAGGGAAAAUGAGACAGCAGAGGAGCGGGAAAGUAGGCUACAGCGCGAAGCUGAUCAGAGAAGGAGAAGGCGUGCGCUAGAGUCGCAAGAACAAAGGGAAUCUCGCUUAUCACGCAAUUCCGAAAGAGCUCGAAUCCGUAGGCAGCAUGAGAAUGAAGACCAGAGAGAGGCUCGCCUCGCUCGGAACGCUGAGAGGGUUCGACUUCUACGGCAUGAGGAGAACGAAGAGAAGAACGGCGAAGACGGCUGGCUCAAAACGCUGAGAGGAUGCGACUUCACGUCAGGAAGAGGACGAGGAAGAACGCGAAGAGCGGCUUGGUCAAAACACGCUGCGAGGAUGCGACUUUCACGCCAAGAAGAGGACGAGGAAGAACGCGAAGAGCGGCUGGCUCGAAACGCUGAGAGGAUGCGACUUUCACGUCAGGAAGAGGACGAGGAAGAGAAGAGAACGCGAAGAGCGGCUGGCUCAAAACGC